AUAAGUAAUGUCUCGUGUAACUUUUCGCGAAUUUUUCUAUUAAAACACACAUUAUUGUAUAUCUUUUUUAUGUUUGUUAUUGAUAAAAACAAAAGAAAGAAAAAAAAACUGUCGUAGCCAUGUAGAAGUCAGAACUCAAAACAAUUAAUAUUCUAAACGCAAGUUAAAACAAAAAAAAAGUCGAUCGAAGAAACUUUUUUGUGUAGUGUAUUCAUAAGCUUAUAUAGAUUGUAAGAACAGUACUACAGUGUGAAAUAUUGAUAAAGUUUGUAAUGAAAUUAUUAUUAAAAACUGCAUGAAUUAUCGUUAAGCUUAAAAGUUUAAUAAAUAAAGUGCAUUCAUUCCCACGAUAUUUCUAAAAAAAAACUAAGAAAACGAGGAUCUAUAGAAAAAUUAAGAAAAAAAAUAAAACAAAUAAAAUAAUAAUAAUAAGCAAUAUUCAAUAAUAAAUACUACAAAAAUACACGAAAAAAAUAAAAUUAAUUCAGAAAAUCAAGUUUUACCAGUUAUAUGUGCAUAAAAUAUUAAUAAAAAAUAAAGAAAAAAAUACAAAUGAAAAAUAUUUAAAAGUCUCGAGAAAAAAAUAAAUAAAAAUUAUCAAAAAAAAGUAACGGUAGUGUGUUACAACAACUGAAAGUGAGGUCUACUUUUUGUAUUAUUUAUACUCGUAGUGUAAAUUAUUAAAAAAAUAAAGAAAAGACCUCUCUGUGUGACAACAACAACCGCAUAUUUGGAAUUCAUACUACUAGCAGCAAAAUAAUUUUUUUAAAGUAAAAACUGCUAAAGGUUAAAAAUAAAAAAGAAACAAUAUUAUUGGAUUAUUUAAUUAACAACGAGGACACUUUUUAGAAUGAUGGUCGUUAAACCACAACCUCGUACGCUGCCGCAUUUUAGGAUUAAUUAACUCACUUCUGGUCUGGAAUCGCCCACACAAUUACGUAAAACCUGAAAAAAAAGCAAAACAGAAGAAGCUGUAAAAACGGAAACCAAGGAGAAAAAUAUCAUGGAGACGCAAGUGUAUGAUGACGAACCGCCACCUGAGCCGCGCGAAGGCUGGUUACUCAUCCGCAUCUACGUGCCCGAGUUAAAUGUCCACAAAUGCCUUCAAUUUCCAUCGGAUAAGCUGGUGUGGGACGUGAAACAACAGGUGCUCGCUUCACUUCCAAAGGUCGUUUAUUGGUUCAAGGAAUUAAAGGAGAGCUUUAAUUAUGGCCUUUUCUGUCCUCCAUCGAAUGGUCGAGCUGGAAAAUUCCUCGACGAGGAACGGCGAUUGGGAGAUUAUCCCUUCAACGGACCCGUUGGCUACUUGGAGCUCAAAUACAAACGUCGUGUCUACAAAAUGCUGAAUUUGGAUGAAAAACAACUCAAAGCGCUGCAUACACGAGCAAACCUUCGACGAUUUUUGGAAUGCGUCAACGGGGGACACGUCGAAAAGAUCUCCAAGAUGUGCACGAAAGGCUUAGAUCCGAAUUUUCAUUGUCAGGAAUCGGGUGAGACGCCGUUGACGUUAGCUACGCGCUCGAAAAAGCCAAACAAGCUGCUGAUUGCCUUGGUGAAUGGCGGUGCACUCCUCGACUAUCGCACAAAAGACGGCGUCACAGCGCUACAUCGUGCCGUCGAAUUCGAUUGUCUCGAGGCAGUGAGUACGUUGCUUGAACUGGGAGCAUCUCCCAAUUAUCGAGACACAAAGGGCAUUACUCCCGUUUACUUGUCGAUUGUGAAGAAAAGUGAUCCAAAAAUCUGCGAAAUUUUGUUGCACGAUCAUGCGACACUCGGCAUUCAGGACACUCAAGGAUGGCAGGAAGUGCAUCAAGCAUGUCGUAAUGGUAUGGUCCAUCAUUUAGAACAUUUAUUGUUUUACGGUGCUGACAUGGAUGGUCAGAACGCUUCUGGUAAUACGCCGUUGCAUGUUUGUGCGGUAAAUAAUCAAGAGGCUUGCGCUAGAAUGCUUCUUUUUCGUGGUGCUCAACGUGAUGCACUCAAUUACGCAAAUCAAACACCUUAUCAGGUCGCAGUCAUCGCUGGAAAUCUCGAACUCGCAGAAAUCAUUCAGAAUUACAAGUCUGAGGAUAUUGUUCCCUUUCGAGGGCCUCCCAGAUACAAUCCAAGACGUCGUUCGGGCUUGGGAUGGGGAGCUACAUUAUCCCGCAUUGGCGGUCCGCCGUCGCCAUGCCCCUCCGAACAUCCAUUUAGCUCAGCCAGCUCAAGUCUCUCCGAAGGAUCGAGUCAUCGUAGUCACGAAGAUGACAUCAGCAUUGUGACAGACAAAAGUCUUGGCGACACGAGUGAUAUCAUAAGUGACUCAUCGGGAGUCGGUACAAAUUCCGAUAGUGCUGCAUGUUCCAUUGGUCAUCCAAGUACGACAGUUGUGUGCAUGGAAGCGUACAACCCAACAGUUAGUGGGCAUCUCGUAAUUCAGCCGGGAGACGUAAUCGAAGUUGUUGGAUCGACAGAUUGUGGCUUGCUGGAGGGUUAUGUGCGCGGAACAAAUCGUACUGGCUUCUUUCCGUCGCACGUCGUGCAGGAAGUGCAAUUCCGACAGAAGAGUAUUGUCAAUGUUUCGACCGCAAGCAUGCAAUAUUCGACGUCGAUGAUGAUGCCAACCAGCAAACACGACGACGUCAUGGAUAAAAUGGACGAUGGCAUGAUGAACAAGUCCGAUAUUAUGAGUCAAAGUUUAAAUUAUAACACGGCACCGAGAAUGAAGAAGCAGUAUUCCAAUGAACCUCGCACUGUCAUCCUUCAUAAGUCGAAACGAGGAUUUGGAUUUAUUUUACGAGGAGCGAAACAAUCGUCUCCGUUGAUGCAGUUGAAACCUUCGAUGAAAUGUCCCGCGCUGCAAUAUUUGGACGAUGUUGAUCCCGGAGGCGUAGCUGACUUGGCAGGAUUGAAGCCCGGGGAUUUCUUACUUGAAAUCAAUGGUGAAGAUGUCGCUGCCGCUUCCCACGAACACGUCGUUGAUCUAAUUCGUCGCUCCGGUUCUCUCGUCUCCCUCACUGUGGUUACCUUGCCAAAUAAUCAUACCACCAACACAAUUCUGAAAGAUGUGCCAAAUAACAAUAAUUCGGGAUGCCUCACGCCAAUCGCCACACGUCAGUGCUCUACGUUGCCUCGUCGCAUGAGCGGACCCGGCAAACUUCCCGCUCCAGCGCCUCCUCGUCGAGAUCCCCGCACGACACUCAGCGUAGGACGUGCUCGUGCCAAAUCCAUGGUAGCUGGCUUGGAAAAUGGCGGCGAAAAGGACGACGAUGACAGCGCAAAUCACACGAAAUGCAAUUCGAUCGAGUCGAUCAAUCAUGCUGUCAUGCAUUCGUCAGCAAUGUCAACGCCAACAGCUCAUGGUCCGGGAACGCCAACGCAACCACGUGUCGCCAGCAUCAAAUCUCGCCCGACAUCAAGUCGCAUCACAGCUGCCGAGUUGGAAGAGCUGUUUUCACGACAACAUGGCACCGAUUCGCAAAAUAAUCGCUUUAGUACGAUGAUGACUUCGAGUCGCUUCCAAUCGAGUGGCUUGGAUAGUAGUGCGACAACACCGCCCGCAUCUCCCAAUAAAGCUCCGUUAGUUUAUGCGAGUGUUGCUGACAUGAAAAGAAAGCAAAAAGGCAGAACGGGAACAUUAAAAGGACGUCCCGUGGCAAUUCCAACUGUGCAAUCUGACCUCAAACGUACGUUCCACAGCACCCCAGAUCUCGCAACUGGUCUAAAUUCAUCCACGAACAGCAUCCAAUGGACCCAAACCUUCAAAAAUCACCGUUCGCAAGACGACAUGCACAACUUGAAUAUGUCAAUGUCACGUUUAAAUCUUCCGCCGCCAACUUGUCCUCCGCCUCCAAUUCCCGCAGUUGUCGGGCAAGUCGUCAAAGUCGACGUCAAAUCCGAAUACGAGAGCACCGUCAACUUGCAAAAGCAAAUUCAAGCAAAAAUGCAGCAAAUGCAACAACAAAAGACGGCAAAUCAGCAACAAGUCAAAGAAUCCGCAGGUCAAGCGAAGGAAACGGAAAUCAUGUCGAGCUUCAGACCGGGAUCCAAUGCGAAAAUUUACGCAUCGCCACAGGAUUUGAAGAAAAUCGCAAGUAAUCAACCGAGAACUGAACCUCCGGCGACAACAAAUGCAACUUCGACAGUUGUUAAUAACGUUGCUGAAACUGUUGCUGUCAACAAAUCGAGUAGCGUCGUAAGUCCUUAUGCUCAGCCAGGUCUUCCAGGAAAUAUUCCGCCUCCUCCUGCGCCGCCAGCGAUGAAUCAACCAGCUUCGACAGGCAAAUUUAGCAGCAAUGGACCUGCUCCGAUGAUUCCAGAGCCGGAUUACAGCUUCAGUGAGUCCGAUGGCGAAGAGGAUAUUUCCGUGAGACAAGUGAAGAUUGUGCCAAAUGCGAAUAAUACGACGACAAUCCAAGUUAAUAGCUCGAACAACAAUAAUAUCAGUCCACAGCCGCAACCAAUUGAGACGAGUGGUAAUAGUAAUGCAAGCGGAUCAAGCAGCGGUUCAAGUUCGAUGGCUCAAUCGUUCUCCGUCGAUGACAUCCAAAAGAUGCGCACGAAACUCAAGUCAUCCAAAUCAUAUCCAAACGACUUCUUGCGUCAACAAAACCAGAAUCGCAUCAACGAAAACAACGAAGAAGGCGAUAAUUCAUCAUCUGGCGUCAGUAGCGAUCAAGAGAUUCAAGUCAACAACAAUGGAACUCCCGAAACGAAGAAAGCUCCGGUCAUCAUGAAGCAAGAAGUCGUCGCGAAACAAGUCGUACAAGUUGAAAAAACGACUGUUAAAGCGCCUCCGGUUCAACAAACGACACCGCAAACACAACAACAAAACAACUUGAAGCCUUCUUUAGUGCAAAAAACCACCCAACCAACAUCAAUUCUAAAGCAAACGAGCACACACAUAAUUAGUAGCAGUAAUUCGUAUAAAAAUAGUAAUUCAAUCAAUAACACCUCACAAUCCACCCCCAAUAACAUGAAUGAACAACCAAAGAAAGUUGCCGCACAAUUUAACACGACGCCCGUUACGACGAGAAUAACCAACAGCAUUGUUUCGAAAAUGAUUCCACAGCAACAAGCUCCUGCAUUGCCCGAAAAGACGAGAACGCCAACAUUGCAACAGCAACAACAACAACAGCGUUAUCAGCAAACCCUCAGUCAAAUCCAAGCUCACAAAGCAGGCACCAUUACACCGAAAAAGCUCGAUUUGCAACAACAAUUGAGCAACGAGCAACGUUCCGACGACGACGACUUGAGUCCGAGCCCGCCUUCCAUGGGUUUCCAACGUCACAAUUCGCUGACACGCAAACAGGCGGCUCAGCUAGCAGCUCAACGUGCAAAAGCCAUGCAAAAUCAAAUUCGUGCCGUAUCGCUUGCCCAACUCCCACCCCCAUUGGAAGCGGAUUCCGAUGACAGCGACAGCGUAGCAACGAUGGGACCUGCGACAGUUGUUCUCGCACCGCCUCCAGAGUUUUGCGACUUUCAUCCAGCAAGUCAAAAUAAUCCGCGCGUUCGCAUUGUAGGCGCUGUCCCGAAAGCAAAUCGCUUGCAUAGUCAAUAGCAGGAACCGCAUCCGCAGCAUAGGCGACGGAAAUAAGUUAUUUUUGUUGUAAAGAAGUGAAAAUCUCGUACAUGGAAUGAAAUGUAGUUUAUUUUUUUGAAGAAAAAAAAAUAUAUAUU